AGAAAACGCCCUGAUGUCAUAACAACAACUGACUGGCUUGCUCCAGUCAUAUGGGAAGGAACUUACAAAACACAGGUCCUGGAAAAAUAUUAUAAACGGCUGAACAUUACCAUAGGCUUGGUGGUAUGGGCUACUGGAAAGUUUGCAGGAGAGCACCUGAAACAGUUCAUCCAAUCUGCUAAUAAGCACUUCAUGAUUGGCUACCAUGUUAUCUUUUACAUCAUGAUGGAUGACUUCUCCACGCUACCUCCCAUAGAGUUAGGUCCCCUUCGAACGUUUAAACUCUUUACUAUUGCAUCAGAAAGAAAGGCGUGGGAAGACUUGAAUGUCGUACUCAUGAAGAACUUAAAUGGGUACAUCAAAGAACACAUCCAGCACGAAGUCAACUUUCUCUUCAGCAUGACUAUAAACCAGCUCUUCCAGAAUGACUUUGGAGUGGAAACCCUGGGCAAGUCUGUAGCUCAGCUUCAUGCAUGGUGGUAUUUUGAAAAUGCUAAAAAAGUCCCUUAUGAGAGAAGGCCUAACUCAGCAGCUUUCAUCCCUUUUGGAAAGGGAGAUUUCUAUUAUGACAGUGCAAUUUUUGGUGGCACACCCCGUGAGGUUUUAACUUUCACUGCAGAAUAUCAAAAAGCAGUAACUAAUGACACUAAAAAUGGACUCAGCAGUACAUAUGAAUGUCACCUAAACAAGUAUUUUUUUAUCAAUAAGCCCACGAAGUUGUUAUCGCCAGAAUACAGUUGGGAUCCCACUUUUAGAACUCCCCCACAAAUUAAACAUGUUAAGAUAGCACAGCAGUCAAAAAGGGUUUGA